CCCCGUCCCAUGGUCCUGCGCUCCCGGUUCAGUUGCGGCGCUGAGUGCUGAGCCUGGUUUGAUACGGAGAGAGCAGGAAAAUGUCCUCGGCAUCUCCACCUCCAGAUUUACAGCACGAAGCACCCAAAGAGAAAGACUAUCGAGUUCCUGGACUGCGAAGUGCCCGGACCACCACCCUGUUCCGUGCUGUGAACCCAGAACUCUUCAUUAAGCCUAACAAACCUGUUAUGGCUUUUGGGCUUAUAGCAAUUACACUUUGUGUAGCCUACAUUGGCUAUUUGCAUGCACAGCAAGAGAAUAAAAAGGACAUCUAUGAAGCUAUUGAUGGUGAGGGAAACAGAAAUACAAGGCGGAAGACUUCAAAAUGGGACUAAACAAGUUAAUAAGGGUGUAUAUGAAUUAUAGUAGAAGGCAAGACAAUUGCAUGUGGCUUUUUGAAUCCUGAUUUUUUGGCUUCGUCUGGAGCAUCAACAUUUUUCAAAGCAAUAAUUUAUAUUUCUCUUUAAAUGUAAUCCAGUUUAAUUGACAGUGUAAAAUGUUAUUGCCUGUAAAUAUUCUGAAUAAAACCAGCAUUAUUAAGAA